GAAGUGUGCUACUGUUUGUCUGCCCGCCCCCAUAGCAUGUAAACUAAUGCUUGUUUGUUAUUGUUUGGCCAUUUCUUCUUUAAAAAACGCCGAACAUCAAAACAACAUGGACUCAAAGGGACCCUCGCUUUAUGCACAGGCAGGCGCCUCAGUAGAUAUGUCAAGGAGCAUAGAAGAAGACUCUUUGGUGGACGGGCCGCUGAUCUCUGCCGACGCCCUCCACUCUGCCAUCAGGAGAGAGUUUCAGACUGUGCCAACACCCUGCCAUGCCGGUCUGCUGUCUCUUCUUCAUGUUGUGUAUGUGGUGUUGUCAGUGUGUGUGGCAUUGCUGUGUGUGUUGGAAUUUGGCCAAGUGGAGGUCUGUGGGAGUAUUUUGGGUAAUGUGCGAGGCGACAGCGUCAUUUUAUUUGGGAAGGCGUGUCUGUGGGUGCUGGUGCAGUUGUUUACUGGGUGUGUGCAGCACCACCACAGCCGCGCCAGGAGCAGAGGUUACCUACGAUUCUACAGACAGAUGCAGGGGCUGAAGCAGCUGCCGCUCACCGUCCACUCUACAGGAAAUGUUCUGCUGCUGGUUGUUCUGGCUGCACGACUAUCACUGACUGUGCACACCUACAUGCUGCUCAUCAUCCUGGGAUUGGAGCUCCUGGUGGCAUUGCCAUGUCUGCUUUAUUACACAGUCAAGGUGAUGAAGUUCAACAGGGAGCGAGCUGCUCCAGAUGUGAGCCAAGAAGAGCAUUUACACAACUUCAGUAUCGCGAGCCUGCAGACUGAGACCGGUUUCAGAGAGGGCUCCCGUCUGGAGGAGUUGGUGGAGAAGCAGGCCGACCUGAUAGAGUACCUGAAACAGCACAACACCUUACUGAGCAAGAGGCUGCUCAACCUCACGGCCCAGCACUGACCACAGACCGGCCUCCUCUGCCUCCUCGUGAACCAGCCACCACACUCACCAUCAUUUUAACACUCUCUCUUAACACAAAGCAGAGGGGAUCUGUGGGGUUGAAAGAGAGGCCUGAAGCUAGAAGAAACACUGGAUAAAAGACUAAAAGUAAGGAUAUCCCUGCGCACACAAGCACCUGUGUGCACAGACUUAAGACGGGAGGGCUCUGCGAGGCACCUGAGAUGGACAGAUAACGCAGAAGGAGGUGAGCUGUAAGUGGAGGACAGUUAAAGAGGCAAAGUGGGAGGAGGAGGAGAGUCAUGGGUCACAGAUCAGAGGUGAGGAGUUUUUAUCACUCUGUUACGACCCCUGGUGACCUGUGUAUGCUGCCGCUUGUGUUAGCGAGGGGAACAGAGGGGGCAAAAUAGUUUGAGAGAUCAUCUGCACUAAAGAGGAACUGAUAGAGCGGGAGAUACAGCAGGGAGAGGUUAUCACUUAUCAGGGUCAAAUGAGAGAAAGAGAUCAAGUAACGCUGUAAAAUGUCUGUAAGUGCUAUUUUAUGUCUGAAUGUGUGUGUAAAUGCUUUAUUUGUUCUUUCUAUCUGUUCAAUCAUUAAGUUUGUGUAUUUGUCAUCAGAUUCUAAUAAAUCUUUAAUAUUCUCA